AGGCGCUGUCCGCGCCCCCGGUGCUGAAGCGACAUGGCCGGCGGCCGGGCCCCGGCGUGAGCCCCGAGCCCCGCGCUGCGCCCGCCGCGCCCUCCGCCCGGAGUCAUGUCUCUGCUGUGCGUCGGAGUCAAAAAAGCCAACUUUGAUGGUGCCCACGAGAAGUUCAACACAUACGUGACCCUGAAGGUGCAGAACGUGAAGAGCACAACCAUCGCGGUGAGAGGCAGCCAGCCCAGCUGGGAGCAGGACUUCAUGUUCGAGAUCAACCGCCUGGACCUGGGCCUGACGGUGGAGGUGUGGAACAAGGGUCUCAUCUGGGACACGAUGGUGGGCACCGUGUGGAUCCCGCUGCGGACCAUCCGUCAAUCCAACGAGGAGGGCCCUGGAGAGUGGCUGACACUGGACUCUCAGGCCAUCAUGGCGGACAGCGAGAUUUGUGGGACCAAGGACCCCACUUUCCACCGCAUCCUUCUGGACGCACAUUUUGAGCUGCCCUUGGACAUCCCUGAGGAGGAGGCUCGGUACUGGGCCAAGAAGCUGGAGCAGCUGAAUGCCAUGCGUGACCAGGACGAGUACUCCUUCCAGGACCAGCCAGACAAGCCGUUGCCUGUGCCCAGCAGCCAGUGUUGUAACUGGAAUUACUUCGGCUGGGGAGAACAGAACGACGACCCCGACAGUGCCGUGGACGACCGGGACAGUGACUAUCGGAGUGAGACUAGCAAUAGCAUCCCGCCGCCCUACUACACGACAUCGCAGCCCAACGCGUCUGUGCACCAGUACUCCGUGCGGCCACCUCCCCUGGGGUCCCGGGAGUCCUACAGCGACUCCAUGCAUAGUUAUGAGGAGUUCUCAGAGCCGCGGGCACUCAGCCCCACAGGCAGCAGCCGCUAUGCAUCGUCCGGGGAGCUGAGCCAGGGCAGUUCACAGCUGAGUGAGGACUUCGACCCCGAUGAACACAGCCUGCAAGGCUCGGAGCUGGAUGACGAAAGGGACCGCGACUCCUACCAUUCCUGCCACAGCUCUGUGAGCUACCACAAGGACUCAUCCCACUGGGACCAGGAGGAGGAUUUGGAAGAUGAGGAGCUGCCUGAAGAGGAGUUGGAGGAGUUGGAGGAGGAGGAGGAGGAGUUGGAGGAGGAGGAGGAGGAGUUGGAGGAGGAGGAGGAGGUGCCCGAUGACCUGGCUAGCUAUGCCCAGCAGGAGGACACCAGUGUGGCCGAACCCAAAGAGUUCAAGCGCAUCAGCUUCCCACCGGCUGCACCUCAGAAGGAUGACAAGGUCCCAGCUGUGCCCACAGAAGCCCCUGACGUGGCCAAGGGCAUCCCCAAGCCUGCCACGCCUGAAGAGAGGGCUGCAGCAGAGCAUGCACAGGAAGCCGAGCCCCCCAAGGCUGAAGAGAGUUUCAGGUCUCGAGAGGAUGAGGAGGGCCAGGAAGGGCAGGAUGCCAUGUCCAGGGCCAAAUCUAACUGGCUGCGAGCUUUCAACAAGGUGCGGAUGCAGCUGCAGGAGGCCCGAGGAGAAGGAGAGAUGUCCAAGUCCCUAUGGUUCAAAGGCGGCCCAGGUGGCGGCCUCAUCAUCAUUGACAGUAUGCCAGACAUCCGGAAGCGGAAGCCCAUUCCACUCGUGAGCGACCUGUCGCUGGUCCAGUCGCGGAAGGCGGGCAUCACCUCGGCCUUGGCCUCCAGCACGUUGAACAAUGAGGAGCUGAAAAACCAUGUUUACAAGAAGACCCUGCAAGCCUUAAUCUACCCCAUCUCCUGCACCACGCCGCACAACUUCGAGGUGUGGACGGCCACCACGCCCACCUACUGCUACGAGUGCGAGGGGCUGCUGUGGGGCAUCGCGCGGCAGGGCAUGCGCUGCACCGAGUGCGGCGUUAAGUGCCACGAGAAGUGCCAGGACCUGCUCAACGCGGACUGCCUGCAGCGGGCGGCCGAGAAGAGUUCCAAGCAUGGCGCCGAAGACCGCACGCAGAACAUCAUCAUGGUGCUGAAGGACCGCAUGAAGAUCCGCGAGCGCAACAAGCCCGAGAUCUUCGAGCUGAUCCAGGAGAUCUUCGCCGUCACCAAGAGCGCCCACACACAGCAGAUGAAGGCUGUCAAGCAAAGCGUGCUGGACGGCACGUCCAAAUGGUCCGCCAAAAUCAGCAUCACGGUGGUCUGUGCCCAGGGCUUGCAGGCCAAGGACAAGACGGGAUCCAGUGAUCCAUAUGUCACCGUCCAGGUUGGGAAGACCAAGAAAAGGACAAAGACUAUCUAUGGGAACCUGAACCCGGUGUGGGAAGAGAACUUCCACUUUGAGUGUCACAACUCCUCCGACCGGAUCAAAGUGCGCGUCUGGGACGAAGAUGAUGACAUCAAGUCUCGCGUGAAACAGAGGUUUAAGAGGGAGUCUGACGACUUCCUGGGGCAGACCAUCAUCGAGGUGCGGACGCUCAGUGGCGAGAUGGAUGUGUGGUACAAUCUGGACAAGAGGACAGACAAGUCCGCUGUGUCAGGGGCCAUUCGGCUUCACAUCAGUGUGGAGAUCAAAGGCGAGGAGAAGGUGGCACCGUACCAUGUCCAGUACACCUGUCUGCAUGAGAACCUGUUCCACUUCGUGACGGACGUGCAGAACAACGGUGUGGUGAAGAUCCCUGACGCCAAAGGCGAUGAUGCCUGGAAAGUUUACUAUGAUGAAACAGCCCAGGAGAUCGUGGAUGAGUUCGCCAUGCGCUAUGGCGUGGAGUCCAUCUACCAAGCCAUGACCCACUUUGCCUGCCUCUCCUCCAAGUACAUGUGCCCUGGGGUCCCUGCUGUCAUGAGCACCCUGCUGGCCAACAUCAACGCCUACUACGCCCACACCACCGCCUCCACCAACGUGUCUGCCUCUGACCGCUUCGCCGCCUCCAACUUCGGGAAAGAGCGCUUUGUGAAACUUCUGGACCAGCUACACAACUCCCUGAGGAUCGACCUGUCCAUGUACCGGAACAACUUCCCGGCCAGCAGCCCGGAGCGUCUGCAGGACCUCAAGUCCACGGUGGACCUCCUCACCAGCAUCACCUUCUUCCGAAUGAAGGUUCAGGAGCUGCAGAGCCCGCCACGCGCCAGCCAGGUGGUGAAGGACUGUGUGAAGGCCUGCCUCAACUCCACCUACGAGUACAUCUUCAAUAACUGCCAUGAACUGUAUGGCCGCGAGUACCAGACGGACCCGGCCAAGAAGGGGGAGGUCCCCCCCGAGGAGCAGGGCCCCAGCAUCAAGAACCUGGACUUCUGGUCCAAGCUGAUCACACUCAUUGUGUCCAUCAUCGAGGAGGAUAAGAAUUCCUACACGCCGUGCUUGAACCAGUUUCCCCAGGAGCUGAAUGUGGGAAAGAUCAGUGCUGAGGUGAUGUGGAGCCUGUUUGCUCAAGACAUGAAGUACGCCAUGGAGGAGCAUGACAAACAUCGGCUGUGCAAGAGCGCCGACUACAUGAACCUGCACUUCAAGGUCAAGUGGCUGUACAAUGAGUAUGUGGCCGAGCUGCCCGCCUUCAAGGACCGGGUGCCCGAGUACCCCGCGUGGUUUGAACCCUUUGUCAUCCAGUGGUUGGAUGAGAAUGAGGAGGUGUCCCGGGAUUUCCUGCAUGGCGCAUUGGAGCGCGACAAGAAGGAUGGGUUCCAGCAGACGUCGGAGCACGCCCUGUUCUCCUGCUCUGUGGUGGACGUCUUCUCCCAGCUCAACCAGAGCUUCGAGAUCAUCAAAAAGCUAGAGUGUCCCGACCCCCAGAUCGUGGGCCACUACAUGCGGCGCUUCGCCAAGACCAUCAGCAAUGUGCUUCUGCAGUACGCCGACAUCGUCUCCAAGGACUUCGCCUCCUACUGCUCCAAGGAGAAAGAGAAAGUGCCCUGCAUCCUCAUGAACAACACCCAGCAGCUACGGGUGCAGCUGGAGAAGAUGUUUGAGGCGAUGGGUGGGAAGGAGCUGGACGCCGAGGCCAGCGGCACCCUGAAGGAGCUGCAGGUGAAACUCAACAACGUCCUGGAUGAGCUCAGCCACGUGUUCGCCACCAGCUUCCAGCCACACAUCGAGGAGUGUGUCAAACAGAUGGGUGACAUCCUGAGCCAGGUGAAGGGCACGGGCAACGUGCCUGCCAGCGCCUGCAGCAGCGUGGCCCAGGAUGCAGACAACGUGCUACAGCCCAUCAUGGACCUGCUGGACAGCAACCUUACCCUGUUUGCCAAAAUCUGUGAGAAGACGGUUCUGAAGCGUGUGCUGAAGGAGCUGUGGAAGCUCGUGAUGAACACCAUGGAGAAGACCAUCGUCCUGCCGCCGCUCACAGACCAGACGAUGAUUGGCACCCUCUUGAGAAAACAUGGCAAGGGCCUAGAAAAGGGCAGGGUGAAACUGCCAAGCCACUCAGACGGAACACAGAUGAUCUUCAAUGCCGCCAAGGAGCUGGGUCAGCUGUCCAAACUCAAGGAUCACAUGGUACGUGAAGAAGCCAAGAGUCUCACCCCGAAGCAGUGCGCGGUGGUCGAACUGGCCCUGGACACCAUCAAGCAAUACUUCCACGCGGGGGGCGUGGGCCUCAAGAAGACCUUCCUGGAGAAGAGUCCGGACCUCCAGUCCCUGCGCUACGCCUUGUCGCUCUACACGCAGGCCACCGACCUGCUCAUCAAAACCUUCGUGCAGACGCAGUCCUCGCAGGUCCAUGGUGGAAAGGGGACUAGGUUUACCCUUAGUGAAGACGUUUGUCCUGAGAUGGGCUCGGGUGUGGAAGACCCUGUAGGUGAAGUGUCCGUCCACGUGGAGCUGUUCACGCACCCGGGAACUGGGGAACAGAAAGUCACAGUGAAGGUGGUGGCUGCCAACGACCUCAAGUGGCAGACUUCCGGCAUCUUCCGUCCCUUCAUCGAGGUCAACAUUGUUGGACCUCAGCUCAGCGACAAGAAACGCAAGUUCGCCACCAAAUCCAAAAACAACAGCUGGGCACCCAAAUACAACGAGAGCUUCCAGUUCUCCCUGAGCUCGGACGCGGGCCCCGAGUGCUACGAGCUGCAGGUGUGCGUGAAGGACUACUGCUUCGCGCGCGAGGACCGGACGGUGGGGCUGGCGGUGCUGCAGCUGCGGGAGCUGGCCCAGCGCGGGAGCGCCGCGUGCUGGCUGCCGCUCGGCCGCCGCAUCCACAUGGACGACACGGGGCUCACGGUGCUGCGCAUCCUGUCGCAGCGCAGCAACGACGAGGUGGCCAAGGAGUUCGUUAAGCUCAAAUCGGACACGCGCUCGGCCGAGGAGGGCGGGGCCGCGCCUGCGCCCUAGCGCGAGUUAGGGUGGGGCGGGGCCUGGGCACGGACAAGGCCCCGCCCCAUAGGCCCCGCCCUCUCCAGAGGCCACGCCCCUCCACCUCAGUGGCCUUGGCUGGGGAGGCCCUGCCUCCUGCCCCUGGAAAAGCCAUAGAGGGUCCGGUGCCCAGGGCAUGGGCUGGCAGGGCUGCCUGGGAGGCCGGGACGCAGCCUGUGGUGUCUGCAAAAAAGUGCGGAUGGGCUCUCAAAAGCACACGCGCCCUCCCUCGGCGCACACCUGGGGCUGAGGGCGCCCCUCCACGCGGACCGGCCCUCAGCGCAGCGCACCCACUGGCAGCUGGAGACCCCUGCUCGUGCCACGCACGGUGGGCUGAGCGCCGACGGAUGGCCCGGCCCCCAUCGCUGCUAAAUACCCUUCUCCCCAAUUCUUCCCCAGGGCCCCCGGGCCAGGGAUCCCGGUGAAUCCUCAGGCUGCCAAACAAGAUCCCUGUCCUUCCUCCUGGGACUUCAGUCCGAACCCGCCUAGAACCUAGAGUCCCGUCAAGAUGAGGGGUUCGGGGUUUCCCUGGAGCCAGGCGCCCCCACCCCUUGUCCGUUCUCCAAAUCCAAGCAGGAAAGAACAGAAAGAGACCAGAGACUAGGAGCCUGUGAGGGAGACCGUGAACGUGCAUUUUGAGUGUCCUGUGCUUGUGCAGAUGGACGACCCUUUUCUGAUUGGCACGAUCGGUGACUGGGCAUUCAGAACCAAAGGGUGGGAUGCAGGCUCCAUCCAGGGACAGGGGAGCUCGGACUGCAUGCUGUAGUAUGUUGUCGGGGGACUGGCAGUCCGGAUGGUACUGGAGCUGGGGAGGAGCGACUCACACUUUAGGACGUCAGACGUGGCUAAAGGGGAGGGUUCUGGCCAGAGAUCAGCCACAGAAAGUUUCUAAAUUGCUGGCAAGAAUGUGAAGUGGGGGUUUGUGUGACUGAAGGGCAAAUCUAUCUCUCUCUCUCUCUCUCUCUGUGUGUGUGUGUGUGUGUGUGUGUGUGUGUGUGUGUGUGUGUGUGUUCUGGCCCCAGAAUGUUGAGGGAACUACAUGGGAAUGUCGAGUGGAUUGGUCCAGGCUAGGACUGUUUGAAAUUUCCUUUUAUUUACCCAGAGACCUAUUCAUCUUUCAACACCAAUCACAAAAAUCCCCUCCCGUACAAAAGCAAUUUUUCAAGGACUUCCCAGCUUCUUGCCCCCUUCUCUGACUUGGCCCUGAUGUCACUGGGUGUGUACCUGGCUCUGUGUCUCCUCAACUCCAGGCUGAGGCCUCACGGGAACCCCAAGCUUCCCCAGCAGAAUAGAAGGAAAAUCAUGCUGACUUGGAUUAUGUGUUGAGUGGCUGAGGGGUCUGCAUGUGACCCCACAUCCACACGCUUGUUUGUCUUUACAGUUCCCCCCAUCCUGACACAUCCCCCCAACAUACAUAGCGGGUGUCCAGGCUGAGCCCCAGGACACAAUAGAUGGAGACAGAGCAGAGGGACAGGCUGAUCUCAGGACCAUCCCUGACACAGCAAUGUCCAGCAAGGAAGUUCCUCCAGGGCUGCCGGUCUGCCUUCCCACCGCCUCCCUCGGCAGACCCAGGCUCCUGGAUCCUGCAUGAGAACACACUGGGGUGCAGUUCCUGACUCCACAGGUCAGGGACAGGAAGUUUACUAGGCUGGAAAGAGCCACAACCCCGCCCACAGGAGGGACAGGGCUAGGGGAGACAGAGGAGGGGCUGGCGGAGCAGCUGAAAAGAUCUGGGGUCCAGGCUCAUUUAUGCCCUACUUAGAAUCCCCCAGUGAGGCGGCGGGACGUGGUCAACACCUGCCAGUCAUGCACUGUUCUGAGUUCCAUCCCCAACCCUGAAAAAUUAAAAAGGCCCUUCGGUCAGCUCACCCCGGUCUGGAAGGAGGCAGCACUUGAGGGGCGCCCUCUGCACCCCGGUCCCUCUCGGGCCUCAAGGCCUGUCGCUUUGCCUGCCCCAUCAGACAUGCAAAAAAAAAAAAAAAAAAUCAAACGCACCGAGAACUCCUUGGGACCUCUCUCAGCUGGGACCUCAGACCUAUUGGGUCCCAAGGGCGGCCUCGCUGGGGGUGGAGCCGGGGGGUCCGGUCUGGCCCCGCCCACCCCCAGCAUCAUUCAGGACCAGAGCUGGCUGGAAGGACCCACCUCCCCUCCUCUUCGCCUUUUGUUUUAGAGUGAGUUGGGUUGACACCGCUGGUGGUGCAGGUGACAGGAAGGUCCCCUGUACCCCAGAAAGCUCCUGACCCCAACCCCUGCUGUGCAGCCCAGGGAGCCCCUCCACUAGCCUUUCUUAGCAUGUGACUGCAAAUGUGGAUUCCAAGCGUUGUUUUUUGUUUUUUUUUCCUUUCCUGUUUUUUGGGAGGGUUUUAAGGUCCACCCGGUUAGUCCAGCAUCUUCCAAGAAACCCCCAUUUCUCAGUCAAUCUGUAACUUGGGACAUGUGUUCAAAACAAAACACCCGGGGAGUGUUCAUGAGUGCAUGGUGUUGA